AUGGGGAGGAGGGGGGCAAGCCGCAAGGAAGCAUGGGAGCGCCGGGGAGAAGGCAGGGAAACCGAGGUGGACCAGAAAGGACCCGAAACCAGCACCGAGAGGAAGCCGAGAGGGGCGGCCCAGAGAGCCGGACAGAAGAGAGCGGCGCCGGAACGGGCGGCAGGCAGGGCGCCCGACGAAACAAAGGGGCAUGUUUUAGACCGACGAGGGGGCCCGGAAAGCACGGCGGCAAAAGCGCCCGAAAAAGGAGGAACAAAGCCGGCCGACAGGGCGGAGAGGAAAGAUGAGGGCAGCAAAAAGGGGACAGGCAACAGAAAGAGAGAAGAAGGGGCGAAAACGCAAAAGGCCGUCCGGAGGGGCGCAGCGAGGGGGCGCAGGAGGGGGAGGGGAGGGGGGCAAGGCCCGGAAGGCAAGCAGGCAGCAGCCAUGAGAGGCGACCGAGGCGAACCAGAAGACCCGAAACCAGCACCGAUGAGGAGCCGAGAGGGGGCGGCCCGAAGAGUCCGGGACAGAAAGAGAGGGCGCCGGAAACGGGGCGGCAGGCAGGCGCCGACGAAACAAAGCGGUGAGAGGACCAGGAGGGGGGGCCCCGGAAGCACGGGCGCAGAAGCGCGCGAAAAGGAUCUGACAAGGGCGCCGAGAGGGCGGAGAGGAUAA